CCGCCAUCGUGGUGUGUUCUUGCCACCACUUCUCGCCAUGUCUUCUCACAAGACUUUCAGGAUUAAGCGAUUCCUGGCCAAGAAACAAAAGCAAAAUCGUCCCAUUCCCCAGUGGAUUCGGAUGAAAACUGGAAAUAAAAUAAGGUACAACUCCAAAAGGAGACAUUGGAGAAGAACCAAGCUGGGUCUGUAAGGAACUGCACAUGAGAUGGCGCAUGUAUUUGUGCUGUCUGAAGGUCACGAUCAC